UUGGUCAAUAAUCGUGCCUUUGCCAUGACGCCUGGCGAUGCCGACUUCGACGGCAUCCACUCCGGCUACCCUGCCCAGUACUUGCCCGAUAGCAACUUCACCUAUGGAGGUGUCAACUACAUAUUCCCGCAGUACAACGAGUCCGGUCAUGACAAUGUGCUUGCUCAAGGACAAGUCAUCACUCCGCCUCAGGGUCGUUACUCCAGUAUCUCUAUGCUGGUAGCUGCGGAAUCUGCCGUGGCUACUGGUUACGUUAACGUGACCUACACGGACAACACCACUAGUUCUGGACCCAUCCUCGUAGACCCUUUCUGGUCAUGG